AUGCUGGAGGGCUUGCUGACGGCCCUCGUCAGGUUUUUGUCCGAGUCGAAGAGCCCGGCUGUCAAGAUGGCUUCCGCAAAGAUGAUCGAGUUUGUCAGCGAGCAGCUCGGGUGCGCUAUAGCUAGGCAUAUGUCGGCUAUUCUUAACCAGGUCCUUCGCUCGUAUCCUACCUGCGUCACGUUUGGAGCGAGGGAGCGUGCGGCCGCGGCUUCUUUUUCCUACGACUCUAUGGAAGAUUGCUUCGAGCGACUUAUCGAUAUAUGCUGCCGCUUGUUCCCUCUGACGGAGCAUAGCGUUCUGCAAAACCUUUUCGAUAACACUUUGAUCCCCAUUUUCCUGGAUGGAUUUCACGAGUCAGAGUACUUGUGUUACGAUGUCGACGCAGAAGAGGCAGCUGACGAGCUCAUGACCACGGCGGUUGCGCAAUCCCUACGGGUCAUCUAUUUGGUCUUGAAUAUUUUAGGGUCCGACGCGCGCGUUCCGAUGUCUCUCAACACGCGGAUAUUGAAUAUGUUAGUGGUGGAGAAUGGCAACCCGCGCACCCCGCUUCUACUGCGACGUACUGCGCUGCAUACUUGGGAUGCGAUAUCAAAGUCGUUGCGGCAGUCUGCGCUGGGAAACACAGUCAAGGCCUUUGUAGAUCAUAUCAAGGCGUUGCGCGACUACAUUCCCAAACUCCUGGCAGACUUUCCGAGGCCGGACUUUGAGUAUGCGGCAUCAGAAGAUGAUGCUGAAGGAGAGGGGGAUGAGGAAAACGGGGUUGUGCGAGAGGCCUCAGCCGUGGAGGUGGUCAAGGAGGAAUAUCUAGUGCCUGAGAAUAGCAAAGUGCUGACUGAAUUGAUGAAGAAGCGAAAGCGACGAGUUGAAAUCGUCGACCGCCACACUUUGGGCAGAUUGCUCACUUUGAUAUAUGAAAUAUGCAGCGCGCUCAUGACAAGCGAUGAAGAAGAAGAGCGCUAUUUGGACGUCACAAUCUCACUUCAGCAAACACUGGCGACAGCCAUUGCGGACCUAUUAUUCAGCAGCCUGAUUGACGUGAGCUUUCAUGAGGCGGCCGCCAGUGGCAAUGGCCCGCAGGAUAGCAACAACUUGUACGAGUUUGGGGAUAUCAAUACACAGCUGAAGGUGGUCGGAGAGGUUCUGGAGGAGCUUUUCGAGAGCUACUGGGCCGCGGUCAGCUUGCUACCCACUUCGGUUGCUGAAGACGUCGUGAAAUCGGCGCCCAUUCGUGCGGUGCUUGGAUGGUGCGCAAGUCGAAUGGUUCAUUCUGCAGCGCCAAAGGGUAUGCUCAAAUUGCUUUGCGUGGCAGUGCGUGGGUUGCAACAUGAGUCGAAUAGGGCGAUGUACAAACUGCCUGCUGUUCCCCCAUCGCCACAUGAAGUCACAUUCAUAGCCCUUCAUCGCGCACACAUGACCUGGUUUCCGCAAUCCGCAUACGAAGAGGCUUUCGAUUUGAUGGAUAUUCUCAACGAAUCUGUCGCUGAAGACCUGAUGGCAAAAGACCUGGCCCAAUUGAUUCAGGGUCUCGGUGACCAAGCAGAAAAGUUCCAAGCUCGCACAGAGACAUCAUUGGAGCUCAUGGCAUCCAUUGUCUCAUCUAGCGUUCCCAAGCGUCCCGACUUAGCGAUGAGCUCCUUGCGCGCCUUGGUGGACCCGUCUCUAGGAAAGCAAAGAAUAGCCAACGGGUUCCCCAGAUCUAACAGAGCAAACACGGGGUCUUUUGGCAGAAGAAUUCAACUCACGUCAUCUACGCCAAAGGCCGACCCCAUGUCGAAUUCCUUGUACAUUCAUGUCGUUCUUGCGUCUUGCUUUGAUGAAUUUGAUUCUCUCGGGCGAGCAGCCAGGCGACGAGGUGGCCCGAGUUACAUGGGAGAGAAAAUUGAUGCGUUUGUUGAGCACGUUGCGCUCACGGUGAGGUGCUUGCAUGCCUGUGCGCGUGCUCGGACACACCGAGAAUACAUCGGAGCUGUGCUUGGCGAUAUUUUUGGAACCUGCUUAGCUAUGCAAGAUCAUGGGGAUGGUCGUGUGCGUCUUGCGGGCUUUGAGAUUUUUGCGGCCUCCUUGGAUGUAUUGUUUUUGGCUCAAAAGGCUAUGGUUCUUGUUCCCGCACCACCCAACAACUCUGCUAGCGAAGCCAGUAUACUUGGAGCUGCGUCGGGGGCACAAGGCGCUGCGGCAAUCGGUGAGAAUUCUAAUGGUGUUAUGGAGCUUUCCUCUUGUGGUCCCGAGAAGGAAGUGACUCCGGUACUCUCUCGCACACCAUCUGAGGGAUAUGACUCAAAUGGUAUUUUGCAGCCCACAGUUACGAGACGCGACACGGAAAAAGAGGAUGGAAGGGAAGCAAACGAUAGCGAAGAUUUGGACACUACCCGGGAAAGAAAGAUGCAACAAAUAUUCGCCGAUGGCGGUUCUUGUGCGUUUCAGAGUGAAGAUCUACCGUCCUCUCAACUAGCAUUUGAGGAGAGGGGUUGGCAGAUGUUGUGUUCCUUUGUUAAUUCGAGCCUAGGUAUCGCCAAAUAUGUUGAUUUCGUUGUUCAGCGCGCCUGUCUGGAGUAUUUGAAGGGCUGCAUGCUCAAUGCUUUACGCGGACGAUCAACUGGCGCAAGCGUGAUUGGCUUUGAGCACAUAGGACAAAUGUGGGAUGCUGUUAAUCGCCUUAUCGGAUCCCCCUGGCGAACGCUCAAUGCGUUAGCUCUCUGGGUUAUCAUUGCGAUUCUUAAUGUUGCUAUCUAUUCUACGACCAUGGCAAGAGGAAGGGGGGCCGCACGCCAGAGGGGGGCGCAGCUGAAUGAAUUUCUUAUUGGUCAAGUUUUUCCGCGGGCUGAGGCAUUGUUGAAGAGCGGGAUUCGCGAAACAAGGGUUUGGGGCAUGCGUCUUUUGGAAGCAUAUCUGAGAGCAAGAGACUUAAACUCAAAUGUUGCACAGAACGUCCCGAAUCUACCAGGUCGUGUUUUGCGGUGCCUGGACAACUUAAAACAUGACUGGGAUGAGGACGUUCGUCAGCGGAGCCAGUCCCUUCUCGAGAUACAUUUCAGUUCGAACACCAAGAAAUCCAAUAAUUCAUUCACGCAGCAAGCCUCACACUUCAUGUCCAUGAAGAGGUAUCAGAACGACGAUUCAUAUGAGAACGCCAAUUCAACCGGCCUUGAAUUGUGGUUUCCACCACUUCCAAAGCAGAUGCCCGCUUCACAAAUGGAUGUUUACUGCCGAACUCUAGAAGCAUUUGCGAAUGCUGAGAUCGAAGGGGGAGAGGAGUACGAUCUUAUAGGAUCUCUAGAGGAAAAAGAAGAAACAGAAGAUGUGUACGAGGGAGAGUAUGAGGACGAAGAGGACGGGUAUGAAUACGGUGAAGCGGAAUCUGAUGAAAGCGAAGAAGUGGAAGUCAAUCCCGAACAGCAAGGGGAAGAGGAUGUCACAGAGAGGGAUGAUGACUCUCAACUCGUUGAACAAGGCGACAGUGAGCCUGGUCCUCCUCUCCAAGAGGGCAUAUCUAGCAGUUUUGGAUCCGAUGGUUUUGGAGGCAGCGAAGGCAACGCAGACGAAGAUUUAGAUGGGUCAGACGAGCCGCUGCAAAAUGCUGAAUCAGCUCCUGGAAUAAAUCAAUCAGCUAACCCUAUCCUCGACAUGGGAGAUGCCCAGGAAUGCAGCAAGGGCGAGCACCAAGAAGGCGAGGAUGUUGAGGAUGAAGACGAUGUUGAUGAUCAUGAGUUUUCAGCAUUGGAGAGCCAAAGUCCUGCAUCCUCCGCUGAACCGCCAGCUCUGGGUCAAGGGGAUGAUGACUUUGGUCCAGAUGUCGUGCAACUAAAGGAAGGAUGCGUCGAAGAUGAGGACGGUGAAGAAGACGAUGAAGUAGUUGAUGUCACUGAUGAAGAAGAUGUGCUGGUUGAUCUCGAUACUGUGCAGUCUCCAGCAAGAAGAAAUAGCUUUGCCUCCGACGCUCCGAAGCGCCACAGAAGUCGACCGAAUCUUCCUCGACUGGGUUUGCCAGGGUCUAACCUGAACCCCGACUUGGACGAGGGUGUCCAGGUGCUCCGUAGAAAAGGUUCGUUCACGAGUCGUCCUUCUGCAGUCCUGUCGCUUGGGGAAGGGGACGCUCCGAAGCUUGCCCGUAGGAGGUCUCAUGACCUUUCCGUGAUGAAUGCCGCUGGGGAACCUUACGCUCUGGAUGAUGAAACAGUGUCACCCCGCAGCACUGGCUCUCCCAGAUCGGCUGGCCGCCGAGGCAAUCGUUCUUCUGCAGCGCUGUUACGAGCAGCCGAAAGAUCUGCUCUCUCGUCCCGAGCUACCGACGGAGGGCAGUACCGCCAGCUGGAUAGCGGAGAUUCAGAUGGAAAAGAAAAAGAAGCUCGCUCUGAGAAGGAACCGGGUGAUUUCGGACUUGUAGGGACACCGCGCAUCGUACGGAGAAGAUCACUGAAGACGCUGGCUAUCGGACCUGAUGAGUAUGCGAAGCAAAGUGGGUCUGAGCAUGGUCGAAUGGGCAAAGAUCAAGAAAAGGAUGCUGCUGUAGGGAGCGCAUUUCUCGGGCUGUCUCCAAAAGGUAAUCGCAUGCCAAGAGGAGUCAAGCUUGACGAGGACAUUGAUGAGGCGACAGAUUCUCGGCGUCCACCAAGUCAGAGCCCUACCACAGACGGUGGGCGGGGCAAAGCGGGGGAAAGCGGGCAGAAGGGGUGGAGAGGAAAUCGCCGGAGUCUGCCCAGGGCCCCUGCGUUUGUCAAGGGAGGUGGCCUGCAGCGACGGAUGUCAGGAGGGCUAUCUGGGCCGGAUUCGAGACCAAGUGAUAGUAGCGGGUCUGAUGGUCCUGCCUCUGGGGGAUCUGGAAGCUUGUCCAGCCCCUCACUGUCUGGCGGCAGUCGCAACAAACCGCUACGGCUGAGGGGGAACGCUAACAGGCCGCCAAGGCCCGUUGGUUUGUCUUUGGACCUUAACUCGGCGGAGCGGAGAGCUGAUCGGUCUCACAGGUUUUCGAAGCGAGAGCCUGCGAAGCAUGCUCGCGGAGAUGAUGACGACGGGUUUGACGCUGACCUUUUGGGAGAUUUGGAUCCUAGCCUGGAACUAGAAAUGGAUGAUGAGUUUGCUAAUCCUAUGCGUGUUGGGACUCCAACGGCAGAAGCACUGAAAGGGCGUAACUCAUUGGCUGAUGAUGCACCUACAAGCGGCUCUAGGAGGCACGGUUCGAACCGCAGCCUUCUCAAUUCUUUGCACUACAAGGGUUUAUUGGACCAAAUAUCUCCCACACAAGUCGAAGAUGAGCCCGUGAGCGGAGGGUGGAGCGAGCCGAUCAGCAAAGGUUCAGGUAAGAGUGGACUAGUGUCAUCACGGAGAGAGUUCUGGGCUGCGGCUGACAAGAAGGAUGACUCAUCCCGUGAUGAACCCACAAGCUCGUGAUUCCAUGACCCUGUGUGGGAGCGUGCAAGUGGUUUGUCGUCUACGAGCGCGAUGUGGCAGAGACCGAUGUAGAGGGUGUAGUACUAACCACAAAGACAGCAAUAACUUGUAAACAAGCAAUCGGUGAAGUAGUUAGUGAACGGAUUACGAGUCGA